AUGGGCGCCUAUUUCACGGCCACAGAUCAUAUUUUUGAAGCUGCUGGAUCCGUCGACAUAGCCGUUCUCCUUUCGUUCUUCUUGUAUUGGAAUAGACGAUCAACAAAGGAGAGAAAGGCUGAUAGGGAGAGCCGCGAGCGGAGAAACAAGUACAUGGCUGCACAGUUGAAGAAAGUGGAUGCCACAGCCGUCCCUGCGCCUCCUGCUCACACACGGGAGUUGACUUUGGAGGAACUGCGCAGUGUCCAGUUUAUCCUUGAAGAAGGCUUGAAGAGUGUCGAUGACUUCUCUAACAUUGGUAUUUUUGAUCAGUUUCAAACAGCUUCGAUCCGGUAUAAACUGUACGAGCGACUGUACCUUCUGGCCAUGUACCAAGCCAUAUACGUUCCAAACCUUCGUGGAUACCUGACGCAGUCGUUUCAAAACACCCUUGAAAAAUCCCUCCAUCCCCGAUCCAUCGGGUUUUGGAAAUGGGAAUGCCUUUGGGGGAAGUUCACGCUCGACUGGGAUCCCGUCAAAAAGGACGACAUCAUGGUUUCUGGCUGGUUCUUAAAGGCUGUGACUCUAUAUACUGCCUUAAACGGCGAUCAACAAUAUACCCGGCCCGAUGGUAUCAAGUUCCGAAUCACGAAUGAAAUUGUCUACAGAUACAGCGUUCACUCGUUGUCCAAAGCCAUUGUCGACCAAUGGGCAGCAGCCCCGCUAUGUCUUUUCCCCUGUGAGCCCGGCUGGAUCUAUACCACAUGCAACCUUUACGGUAUGGUGGGCCAAAUCUUCUACGAUCAUAUUUUCGGAACUUCCUACAGCACUAAAAUUGCCCCAAAAUUCGAAGCGCAAUUAGACACCGAGUUUACUGGGCUCAGUGGCCGGGCUUUAACAAUCUGCAACCAAUUGACCGGGUUUACAAUCCCUGGUGCCGCUGGUGUCCUGAAUGACCUUAUGACGGCUUUCUUGCUUCGUGGUCACUUAGAUUAUAUCGCUCGCCGUAUGUGGGCCAUAUUCCGUGAGGAGAUGAUCCGUUUCGAUGAGACUACCGGAGAUGUCAAGCUUAUCGAUUUGGUGGGCGCAGACAAUAUUGACAUUGGAAAUUAUAAGGUAGGCAAUAUCCAUUUGUUUGCACAGCUUGCGGCAGUAGCUGGUGAAUUUGGAGACGAGCCUCUCCGCCAGGCUUGCCGAGAAAACCUGAAGAGGCGUGUCGGGUUUAUCACGACAAGCACCGGUGCCACUCGUUUAAAUCCCGAACUUACAUCGGAUACGAUGAACACUAUGUAUACUAAGUCGGGUAUUCUCCGUCAUGAAGAUUGGAAAAAGCUGGUUCAGGAGGUAGGUCUACCGAAAAAGCCUUAA